GAGACAGCUGCUCUGCUCCUGGAUGCUCAGCGCUACUGAGGUACCGAGACGGAACACUGUGACUGACAUUACUCAGUCAGUCAGGCUAAACUUAGUCCUAGGUCUUGGUGGAGUGUUUUAAUUAGCCAAAUGCCAAGAAGUCUGCCUGUAAUGAACUGUAAUGUUCUGUGGCCGUGCCAGUCUCGAGAUAGAGGUGGAGGUGGGCCAACUGGGACCAUGAAGAAGCCUUCUCAGAGCUCCAAAAUCAAUGUUGUCCUGUGCUAAUCGGCCUCAUUCAGAGGGACUAGCUAAUUCUCCAGAUGUUGGCCACAGACUGAAUGGAGAGCAGUGGUGGGUGUCUAGCCCAUUGACUUUAACCUCUACGGGAUCAGUGUCCCAUAUACGGGACGGUUGAGCUACCGUGCGCUAAUGUGAUUAGCAUGACUGUUGUAAUUAACAGCAAAUUGUCCAGGACAUAGACAUGUCUUAUAUGGGCAGAAAGCUUAAAUUCUUGUUAAUCUAACUGCACUGUCCAAUUUACAGUAGCUUUUACAGUGAAAAAAAUACCAUGCUAUUGUUUGAGGAGAGUGCACAACAACAACAAAUGUAUUAUUUGUAUUAUCUUUUACCAGAUCUAAUGUGUUAUAUUCUCCUACAUUAAUUUCCCAUUUCCACAAACUUUAAAGUGUUUCCUUUCAAAUGGUAUCAAGAAUAUGCAUAUCCCUGCUUCAGGUCCUGAGCUACAGGCAGUUUUGGUAUGUCAUUCUAGGUGAAAAUUGAAAAAAAGGGUCCGAUCCUUAAGAGGUUAAUGAGAAAGGGAGGGAGAACAAUCGCCACAUCAAGGCCCUUCAAAUUAAAUGACUCCGGUUUCUCUCCGGCUACCGUUUGAUCAUGCUGAUGUCUGCGUUUGAGGAGCAAUGUACACUAGCAUUACUUUCUGAGACAUAGGAAUAGGCUAAUGUCCAAGAAGCAGUUAUUUCUUGAGCUCCUCUAUAGCCAUUGUAGAAGCACAGGCAAGCACUUGCAGAAAUACUGUAUUAAUGGGGAAAUACCAUUGAGGCCAUUUGUGAGUUUUUUGUAGCUUGAAUUAGGACAUUUAGUGUGGUAGAAUAAGUUGACGUGAAGAACACAAAGCCUCUGUUAUCCUUUUUUAAAUCCCCCCAAAUCGUGUGGUUGAUUUGCAUCAUUAGUUAAUGUCAGGGGCAAAACUGUAUUUAGGAUAAUGGAGCACAGAUGCUGCUGACCAAUAAUCAGUCAGCGGCUCCCCAACCAGCCUACAGCCAAGAGAGAGGAAGAGAGGGAGCGAGGGAGGGAGUGAGAGAGACAGACAGACCGACUGAGAGCGAAAGAGAGAGAAAAGCAGAGAGACGGAGCGAAAGAGAGCAGACCGUCUAAUUCUUCCACUACAGUACACCUCAGCUAGAGUAUGGGCCAAAGAAACAAAACAGCUUCCACAUGUCUGCAAGGCCAUGGCAUAAACACACACACACACACACACACACACACACACAUACACACCCUUACUUUCUGUUCUGGGCAAUCAUUUAUGUCCAUUAAUCCAUACUGGAAGGCAGAAUUAACUUUUCAGCCCAAUGGUUUGCCACAAACCCUUUUCUAAAUAAAAUCCUUCUGAUUUUGGACAAAUACCUCCUUAUUACCUAAAUCCAAAUAAGGCCUAACACUUCACUGCACACACCUGUUAUUGCACUUAAGUGUGGGGCUGUGGCAUGGCAAAGCUGCAUCAACACUGUGUGGAGAGAGGCUCAGCGUUCAGGCCAGUGCUCAGCCCAGUGCUCAGCCGCCACUCCAUCCAAGACAUUUCAUAACACAGAAAAGUGUUUUUACAUUUUCUUCUUGUAAAGGCUCUGGAAUAUUUUAAACAACCUCCAGACCUGCUGAAAAGCCUGUCUCUGCCAACUAAUCUGUCUGGGCUGCCUGUCUAAUCUGACUGAAGUCUUUCUCUGGGUAUUAAACUUCCUAAACAUAUACUUUUAUUGUCUUGCCACUUUUUAUUAGCAUGAGGGAAUGGCCAAGUGUGCAUGCUGCUCUGUCUCAGAAAACACCAGACAGAGCUGCUGAGAAUGCCCUUUAGAAGGGCCUGCAGUAUUAAUAGAUGGUUGUCACGCUCUGGCUCCGGGACUUUGUGUGUUGAGCCAGGGUGUGUUCGUUUCGUGGUGUUUUGUUUGGUUGGGUGGUUCUAUGUGUUGUAUUUCUUUGUUUGGUUCAGUGACUCCCAAUCGGAGGUAACGAGUGUCAGCUGUCGGCUCGUUAUCUCUGAUUGGGAGCCAUAUUUAAUCGGUACGUUUUCCUGUGGGUGUUGUGGGUUUUUGUUCAUUUCGGUUCGUGUGUAACCGUAGACGUCACGUUGUCGUUUUGAUCAUUUCUAUUAAUAAAAGAUGUUCACAUUCAACGCUGCGCCUUGGUCCUCCUCCUCUAUGUCUGACGAUCGUGACAGAAAAACCCACCAAGAUGGGACCAAGCAGCGUGUCCAGGAGCCGUCGCCAGGGAGAUCCCUCACAGAUCUCCUUCGCCUCCUGGACUGGGUCAAGCCGAGGGAGGAAGACAAGGGCUUGACGCUAUGGCAGAAGGGCGAGAGGCUGGCGAGGUCUAUGGAGACCUGGUCCACGGGUAGGAGAGACGCCCCGAAAAUUUUUAGGGGGGGGCUCGAGACGUCGGACCAGCAGGAGGCCGCGAUAGAGCGGCCCAGUGGGUUGCUGGAGAAGGCCGCCGGGUUACGGGGGCCACUGGUCAAAGAGGGGAUGGAAGGUGUGGAGGCACGGCGAGAGGUACUGGCGUGUGUUGCCAGUCCGGUCCGGCCCGUUCCAGAGCCCGGUGUAGAACCAGUGGUGUGUGUCCCCAGUACGGUCCGGUCUAUUCCUGCUCCCCGCAUCGAACCUGCGGUGCGCGUCGCCAGCCCAGUCCGGCCCGUUCCUGCUCUCCGCGCCAGGUCGGGGGUGCGCGUCGCCAGCCCAGUCCGGCCCAUCCAAGCUCCCCGCACCAGGUCAGUGGUGCGCGUCGUCAGCCCGGUCCGGCUCAUUCCUGCUCUCCGCGCCAAGUCUGUGGUGCGUCUCGUCAGCCCGGCUCUGCCCGUUCCUGCUCCCCGCACCAGGUCGGGGGUGCGCGUCGCCAGCCCAGUCCGGCCCAUCCAAGCUCCCCGCACCAGGUCAGUGGUGCGCGUCGUCAGCCCGGUCCGGCUCAUUCCUGCUCCCCGCACCAGGUCAGUGGUGCGCGUCGUCAGCCUGGUCCAGCCCGUUCCUGCUACUCGCACCAAACCAGGGAUGCGAGUCGUCAGCCUGGUCCAGCUCGUUCCUCCUACACGCACCAAGCCAGGGGCGCGUGUCGUCAGUCCGGCUCCGACCAGCGGGGCUAGACAGGACCAGGGGUACUUUGGGGGGUUGAAGAGGAGGUGGGGAUCAGGGCCGGAGCCAGAACCACCGCCGAGGAGGUAUGCCCACCCAGCCCUCCCUGGUUUAGCCUUAUUGAGGCGCGGUCGCAGUCCGCGCCUUUAGGGGGGGGUACUGUCACGCUCUGGCUCCGGGACUUUGUGUGUUGAGCCAGGGUGUGUUCGUUUCGUGGUGUUUUGUUUGGUUGGGUGGUUCUAUGUGUUGUAUUUCUUUGUUUGGUUCAGUGACUCCCAAUCGGAGGUAACGAGUGUCAGCUGUCGGCUCGUUAUCUCUGAUUGGGAGCCAUAUUUAAUCGGUACGUUUUCCUGUGGGUGUUGUGGGUUUUUGUUCAUUUCGGUUCGUGUGUAACCGUAGACGUCACGUUGUCGUUUUGUUUUGUCCUUGUGUACCCUUUAUCUAAAGCACCACAUUAAAAGCAGCUUUAUGACAUGAAUGGGAGAGAGGUGAACACACACCUCAAAUAGCGACGUUCCCAGAAUAAUGAGCAGAGGCCAGUAGGCACAACAACGCCAGGCAUACCAGACAUUGGCACCAGAAUGGCCAAGCCAAGGCAGUUUAGGUACAGAGGGUUGCUAACAUUACAGAGACAAUGCUGUGGCUGGGGUAGAAAUUCCAAACACCCAGUUGAGAGUUCCCCCUCCAUGACUAAUAGAACAUUGCCUGGUAUUCAGCUUUAUUAAGAGAAGCUAGCCUGUGUGUCUAUAUUAAGGGGAGAAAGAGGGUAUGUUAAUAGGUACAGAAACAUACUUGGAGCCGUUGUUAAUGUAUUGUUUCCAUUACAUGGGACUGUACUUUGACCUCUUCCAGUGUCUUGUUACCGGGUUGGUGUUUCAUGAGGGUCAUGUCGAGGUAGGAGAGAGGCCUCUAUUAGGGAAGGUUAACCAGGAGUAGAGACCUCAGAGGAGAAAAUCUGGUUAAGUUUAAGUGUGUUUCCUCACACAUAAUAGUGUGUUUUAACACAUUUUAGAUUAAGUAAAGCCACUCACGUACCAUUAGCAUGAAACAGUGCAUAUAAAAUCAUUGGCUUUUAAAAUUCACAUAUAAAGUGUUAACAAGGCACUCAAAGGAACGUUAAAAAGUCAAAGUCAACCACUGGAACCGAGGCCAGUGCACUUAGACACCUGCCAUAGCUGAAUACAGAACAUUUGUUUAUUUUACCUUUAACCAGGUAGGCCAGUUGAGAACAAGUUCUCAUUUACAACUGCGACCUGGCCAAGAUAAAGCAAAGCAGUGCGAUAAAAACAACAACAACACAGAGUUAAAUAUGGGAUAACAUAACGUGGCCCUUUGAUCAACUAUGAAUACCUACAUAAAAUGCCAUUAUGCCAAACAAUAUCUCUGUUUCUAAUUCCCAAAAGCAGGAAGUAGAAUAGGCACAACCCCACACAAUUAACUAACGAUGGCAUUGGUACUUACGUACACUCCCUGUAACAAACUGCUCCAUCAAGCCACAGCCACAGCAGUGACUGCAACCCACACGUCUUUAAACUCUAAUCAAAUCAACGUUCAUUUAAUGCGACAAGGUCACUUGGAUGUGUGUCCAAACCCAACAUGCAUCCGCUCAUUAAUGUUGGUGUUGUUUUCCUCCACAGUUCAUCUAGUAAUGAUUAGGAAAGCUACACAGAGAGAGAAACUGUUAGAGGUAGUUUGCUGCAUAGGUAUUCACAUCUGCGCUGCAGAGGUUGUGUGGAGAGACAUUUGUUUCUAUUUAUCCAGUCAUUCCAUCAUGUCAAUUAAGGAAAACUGAUAUAAAAUAUGAAAACCCCUGUCUAUGAUAUACAAUAUCAAGCUAGAUAUGAAAAGCCCACCUUGCAUUGACUGAUAGCACAUUGCUUUACUAUUACAGAUACACCUUCAGUAUGUAGGCCUAUGAGCGCAGCGGUCAGUCUGGUUUAACCAGGCUGCUAAGACUGACCUGGAACUUACUGUACGUAAUACAACUUGUAAGAGAAUCCAUUCACUGGGGUGACCACCAUACUGUGAAAAAAUGCUCCAAAGUCAUAAAAUUGGAAGAGAAUCGUGUUGGCGUAACAAAAAAGAGCCACAGUCAGCAAUAACAACCAGAGGGACUGGACUGACGCUUGCCCCUGCAUUGGGUGACUUUGUGACUGUGUCCAAAAACCCAGCAGUGUUCCUCCUAAAGUGGUAAGCGCUCUCACAGACAGCCAGUCAGUCAGGCAGGCUGUGAGACAGUCCAUGGUGUGAAUGGCUUUCUCAGGCCGCGAUGGCUUCAGGCAGUUGGUUGGGAACCGAAAGAAAGGACGCUGUUAGUCCUUUGAUGCCUAACGCUGCCACAUAUGUGGGGAGUGAAUGUAAGUGUGCUUGUGUGUGUAAUAUCAAAUGGGAUGACUGCUGCACUGCUGUCUGUAAAAUUCAAUCAGCAUAAUGACAAGAUCAGAUGCAGAUACAGAGGGAAGUCAGAGAAGGGAAGAGAACACAGAUGUAGAGAUGACAGAGGGACUGAUGGAUCUGCUGUGGUCAACUGGACCUGGUUCAUUGGCUCCUGGUUCUACUGGCAAUUGCAUUCGGAAAGUAUUCAGACCCCUUGACUUUUUCCACAUUUUGUUACGUUACAGCCUUAUUCUAAAAUUGAUUAAAUAGUUUUCCCCCCCUCAUCAGUCUACACACAAUACCCUAUAAUGACAAAGCAAAUUUUUUUACAAAUAAAAAACUGAAAUACCAUAUUUACAUAUUUAUUCAGUACUUUAUUGAAGCACCUUUGCCAACGAUUACAGCCUCAAGUCUUCUUGGGUAUGAUGCUACAAGCUUGGCACACCUGUAUUUGGGGAGUUUCUCCCAUUCUUCUCUGAAGAUCCUCUCAAGCUCUGUCAGGUUGGAUGGGGAGAGUCGCUGCACAGCUAUUUUCAGGUCUCUCCAGAGAUGUUUGAUCGGGUUCAAGUCCGGGCUCUGGCUGGGCCACUCAAGGACAUUCAAAGACUUGUCCCGAAGCCACUCCUGCAUUGUCUUGGCUGUGUGCUUAGGGUCAUUGUCCUGUUGGAAGGUGAACCUUCGCCCCAGUCUGAGGUCCUGAGAACUCUGGAACAGGUUUUCAUCAAGGAUCUCUCUGUACUUUGCUCCGUUCAUCUUUCCCUCGAUCCUGACUAGUCUCCCAGUCCCUGCUGCUGAAAAACAUCCCCACAUCAUGAUGCUGCCACCACCAUGCUUCACCGUAGAGAUGGUGCCAGGUUUCCUCCAGACGUGACGCUUGGCAUUCGGGCCAAAGAGUUCAAUCUUGAUUUCAUCAGACCAGGGAAUCUUGUUUCUCACGGUCUGAGAGUCCUUUAGGUGCCUUUUGGCAAACUCCAAGCUGGCUGUCAUGUGCCUUUUACAGAGGAGUGGCUUCCGUCUGGCCACUCUACCAUAAAGGCCUGAUUGGUGGAGUGCUGCAGAGAUGGUUGUCCUUCUGGAAGGUUCUCCCAUCUCCACAGAGGAACUCCAGAGCUCUGUCAGAGUGACCAUUGGGGUCUUUUUCACCUCCCUGACCAAGGCCCUUCUCCCCUGAUUGCUCAGUCUGGCCAGGUGGCCAGCUCUAGGAAGAGUCUUGGUGGUUCCAAACUUCUUCCAUUUAAGAAUGAUGUAGGCCAUUGUGUUCUUGGGGACUUUCAAUGCUGCAGACAUUUUUUGGUACCCUUCCCUGAACUGUGCCACGACACAAUCCUCUCUCGGAGGUCUACGAACAAUUCCUUCGACCUCAUGGCUUGGUUUUUGCUCUGACAUGCACUGUCAACUGUAGGAACUUAUAUAGACAGGUGUGUGCCUUUCCAAAUCAUGUCCAAUUAAUUGAAUUUACCACAGGUGGACUCCAAUCAAGUUGUAGAAACAUCUCAAGGAUGAUCAAUGGAAACAGGAUGCCCCGGAGCUCAAUUUCGAGUCUCAUAGCUGGGUCUGAAUACUUAUGUAAAUAAGGUAUUUCUGUUUUUUGAAACAUUUAUAAAAACCUAUUUUCGCUUUGUCAUUAUGCGGUAUUGUGUGUAGAUUGAUGAGAUGUUACAUUUUUUAAUAAAUUUUCGAAUAAGGCUGUACCGUAUCAAAAUGUGAAAAAGGUCAAGGGGGUCUGAAUGCUUUCCGAAUGCACUGUAUAUAUAUAUAUAUAUAUACCUAUAUAUAUAUAUAUACCUAUACCUAUACCGGGGUAUUUGGAAAUAGCCACAGGAUGGUUUUUCAAUACCGUCAAUACCUAAACUACAGUAUUUCUUUAAAGUUUUUUUUGUUUUUAUCAUAUUGAAUAAUUGUAUAUACUUUUAAGUAAAUACCUGCAGUCAACUUGUGCAAUUUGUUAGGAGAUAAAGAAGAUUGUGUUCUUCAUUUCACUUGUCACAUAAUAUUUCAUUAUGAAGCUCACUGGUAGUCCCCAGUCACAUGGUGUUUGUUUACAAGCGCAAUGACAAGAGACUGGAGCCUUGUGAGUCACUCCCUGUUGUGCAGCGUGCGAGAGGUGAUCUAGUUCUAAAAAAUAAAUAACGGGAUUUAUGCUUUGCUAUGAAGCCCCUAAAUAAAAGAUCUGGUGCAAACAAUUACCUUCAGAAGUCACAUAAUUAGUUAAAUAAAGUCCAUCUGUGUGCAAUCUAAGUGUCACAUGAUCUCUCACAUGAUCUCAGUAUAUAUACACCUGUUCUGAAAGGCCCCAGAGUCUGCAACACCACUAAGCAAGGGGCACCACCAAACAAGCGGCACCAUGAAGACCAAGGAACUCUCCAAACAGGUCAGGGACAAAGUUGUGGAGAAGUACAGAUCAGGGUUGGGUUAUAAAAAAAUAUCCGAAACUUGGAACAUCCCAUGGAGCACCAUUAAAUUGCUUAUUAAAAAAUGGAAAGAAUAUGACACCACAACAAACCUGCCAAGAGAGGGCCGCCCACCAAAGCACACGGACCAGGCAAGGAGGGCAUUAAUCAGAGAGGCAACAAAGAGACCAAAGAUACUCCACAGCGGAGAUUGGAGUAUCUGUCCAUAGGACCACUUUAAGCCGUACACUCCACAGAGCUGGGCAUUAUGGAAGAGUGGCCAGAAAAAAGCCAUUGCUUAAAGAAAGAAAUAAGCAAACACGUUUGGUGUUCGCCAAAAGGCAUGUGGGAGACUCCCCAAACAUAUGGAAGAAGGUACUCUGGUUAGAUGAGACUAAAAUUGAGCUUUUUGGCCAUCAAGGAAAACAACAUGUCUGGCGCAAACCCAACACCUCUCAUCACCCCGAGAACACCAUCCCCAGAGUGAAGCAUGGUGGUGGCAGCAUCAUGCUGUGGGGAUGUUGGUGGUCCUCUGUAGCUCAGCUGGUAGAGCACGGCGCUUGUAACGCCAAGGUAGUGGGUUCGAUCCCCGGGACCACCCAUACACAAAAAUGUAUGCACGCAUGACUGUAAGUCGCUUUGGAUAAAAGCGUCUGCUAAAUGGCAUAUUAUUAUUAUAUUAUUAUGUUUUUCAUCGACAGGGACUGAGAAACUGGUCAGAAUUGAAGGAAUGAUGGAUGGCGCUAAAUACAGGGAAAUUCUUGAGGGAAACCUGUUUCAGUCUUCCAGAGAUUUGAGACUGGGACGGAGGUUCACCUUCCAGCAGGACAAUGACCCUAAGCAACACUUGUGUGGUUUAAAGGGAAACAUUUAAAUGUCUUGGAAUGGCCUAGUCAAAGCCCAGACCUCAAUCCGAUUGGUAUGACUUGAAGAUUGCUGUACACCAGCAGAACCCAUCCAACUUGAAGGAGCUGGAGCAGUUUUGCCUUGAAGAAUGGGCAAAAAUCCCAUUGGUUAGAUGUGCCAAGCUUAUAGAGACAUACCCAAAGAGACUUGCAGCUGUAAUUCCUGCAAAAGGUGGCUCUACAAAGUAUUGACUUUGCGGGGUGAAUAGUUAUGCACGCUUAAGUUCUCUGUUUUUUUGUCUUAUUUCUUGUUUGUUUCACAAUAAAAAAUAUUUUGCAUCUUCAAAGUGGUAGGCAUGUUGUGUAAAUCCAAUGAUACAACCCCCCCCAAAAAUAUAUUUUAAUUCCAGGUUGUAAGGCAACAAAAUAGGAAAAAUGCCAAGGUGGGUGAAUACUUUCGCAAACCACUGUAUGGUAAAAUGUUUAUUCUAUUCUACUGAGCCAUUUACUUUAUGUUCUUAUCUUUUAUUAUUUCUUAUUAUUGUUGCAUUGUCGAGAAGGAACCUGCAAGUAAGCAUUACGUUGGAUGGUGUAUUCCAUGUGUAUCCCGUACAUACGACUAAUAAAACUUCAAAUUUGCUCAAACCCUACAUCCCAAUCCGAGCACUCCGUUCCACCACCUCUGUUCUCUUGUGUUACGCAGAGUGGAACAGGGGAACCCAAGAGCAGACUCAGACGAGGAGACUGGGAUGAAGUAACCAAGAUAUUUAUUGAAACACAAGGGGAGGAUGGAGUGCAGGUCAGGGGAAACUGCUGGAAACCAGGUGCGGAGGCUAAGGCUGGAGCGAGGGAGGCUAAGGCUGGAGCGAGAGAGGCUGAGGCUGGAGCGAGGGGGGUUGAGACAGGGUGAACAGGUCCGGAGGGGAAUCCAAGGGAAUAGUAGAGUGGGGAAUCCAGGACAGGGUAGCAGGAUGACGAGACGUAGGACUGGAGACAAGGAUCAGAGUCGGAGCGGGCAGAACUGUAGCGGAGAGGAAACCAGCGUCAGGCAAAGGAAAACAUGCACAACAGGAUAACAGGAUCUGAAUAGUAACUAACGGCUAGAACCGUAGACUGACUGAGCAGAGAUUAUGAUCUGGCAGUGUGGAAGUGGCAGGACUGAGUAUUUGUAGAGGUCUUGAUUAUGGAACAGGUUGCAGCUGGUGGGGAUCUGCUCUGACUCCAGCACACCUGUCUCCGCCCACACAGUCACACACACACAGAGAGAGAGAGAGGUAGAGGGAGAGAGUAUUGGGGGAGUGGCGGCAGGUCAAGGAGACACAGGAUGAGCAGUAGAGGGCGAUGCAGGAACAGAUGUGACAUCUUGACCAUCCCACCCCUACACGAGGGCAGCUCCCACUCAGCCCAGCCAAAGCUCUUCUCUGUCCUGGCAUCCCAAUAGUGGAACAAGCUUCCCCCUAAAGUGAGGAUAGUGGAGCCCAUCUUUCGAAAACGUAUGAAACCCUACCUAUUUGAAGAGUAUCUUAAAUAACUCUCAUGGAAAUGCAAAUGUGAAUCUAGAUGGAGCUUUUCCAGACUGAUUGCUGACAUUUAGCUAGCUUGCGGGGGCGGUAAAACAGAACCAGGCUUGUCUUUGUAUUCUGGAAACACAGACACGCCAGGGGCAGUGCACCGAGAUCGGGUAACCCACCCCAUGACUUCCCUGUGGCCUUCAACCACGGCCCACGGAGUGAGACGUAUACAUUCCUCUCACAUUCACAGACACUCAGACAACCUGAUGAGAGCAUGCCGAGGACCCACUACUCAGACACGUAGCUCCGCAGACUAGAAAACUGUCAUGCUUUCGCCCCCAUAAAUCUAGUUCUCCCUGUUGUAAAACGUGGUGGAUCCAUUGAGCAGAGCUCCUGAGGUCACUGUUACAGUAUUACAGUAUGGUAGUGGUACAGGUUGGUGGUCAUGGUGUAAUGGUGUAUUCAUGGUGUGGUUUUCCCCAUCCAGGACCCAUCUGGAACAGCUCUCUGCUCAAGAAGUGGAGCCAGACAGACAGGAGCAGGAAGCUGGCCUACAACACGCUGACCGAGCUACAGCAGACCACAGGUGAGUGAGCUCACUCCUAAUGCCACCUGGUUUACCAAUAGAACCUGGGAGGGAGGAAAACUCACACAACACAGUCUUCUGCGCCAGACAGAGUGAUUUUCCCCCUUUGAUGUACUCCUAGACUUUACACACCCAUGGUAACAGCAGAACAUUGACUGUUAAUAUGUACAGUUUUAUCACAUACUAGUAACAUUAAUCCAUACAAUUUAUCAGAGUUAGGGGUCAAGUCCACUUUUAAGCAAAGGCCAAGGGUGAGACACCAUGAGGUUUUUCCCCGAUUCAUUAACUGAGUUUGAAUUGAUUUCCAGAAAUGGAAUGACAUGCCUGUAUUGUGUAAUUCAUGUUUAGUUCCAACUAGACAUUCACAUUCCAUUAUGCUUAGAUUCAGUCUUGUUUCUUUGAUUGAGCAGUCUGGUGAAAAGGGACAAUGGUGUUAACUUGCCAGGAUCAUAGCAGAGCAAGAAAAUAGCAUGGAAAUAAGAGUCUACUUUAUAUUCACAUGAGUGCAGUUGAACUAUUCAUUACAAAGUCAUAUCUAAGCCAACACAUAAUAUCCAAGUUCAGGAAAUUAAAACGAAGUACCUAAUGUCACCACAGGGGCGAAAAGCCCUGGAUUUUGAUAACUAGAGAGAGGUCACUGGGUCUGUGUUGAGAUUGUCUACCUACAACAACACAGAGAACACAUCCUGAUAAUGUCUCCCAAUAGAUCACCUCACUUCGCUCUUGAUGCCUUGCAAGGGUCUCGUUCCAAUGAAGCAAUCUAUUAUUCAGAGAAAGAAAGAUCCCAUGGUAUGUUGCUAAUGAAAUGCAGUGAGGUUGUUUCUUCACAUCUUUGGAAAUCCUCAGAGCUGAACAUGUGGCAGACAAAAGCUAGACAGUGUGUCUCUUUCCCUCCCUCCUCCUCAUCUGACUGCCUGAGUUGAGGCCGCAGGGCUUGGAAAGAGUUUGGUCAACGCAGGCUCCCCUGUGUGUCUCAACUCAGCAGAAAAUUGCAGUAGCAGACUCUUCUCUUAAACGUUGCAACCUUCCUCCUGGUUGUGACCCGUAUCUCCCUGUCUUUGUCUCCCUCUGCAUGUAUGGCAGGUGUGACUGAAUGGACGUCCUGGUUCAACAUCGACCAUCCAGGGGGGAAUGGAGACUAUGAGCGGUUAGAGGCCAUCCGGUUCUACUACAGGGAGAGGGUGUGUGUCCGGCCUGUGGCCAUGGAGGCCCGCACCACAGAUUGGGUAGCAGCAGCAGAGACCGGAGAGGUAACCCACUCCAGCCUAGAGAAGGGGUUCUGGUGCAUCAACAAGGAGCAGCCCUACGGACGCAUUUGCUCCAACUACCAUGUCCGCUUCCAGUGCCCACCAGGUACCAACAGACCACCAUACCCCAUUCACAUGUGUUAUAAAGUAGAUGUGUUAUAAUAGCUUUGUGUACAGGAUUCUGAACCCAUGCUGUAUUUAUGGGACAGUAGAAUGUUGUGAGGAGAUGGCCAAUUAUCCCUUUCCCUUACUUACUGUGCUGUAUACUGAUUCAAAACAGAACAUCAGUGGAACAAAGGCCACUUAAGCCUUGCAUCUGCUACUGUGUUAUGGACACUAAUGAUCUGUUUUGUCUUUUCCCAAACUGUGAAAGAACUGUGCUUGUACAUAGUUCAGUAAAAGUUAUUUUUGCAAACUUCAGGCCAGCUUUCUUACUUGCUUCUCAGUCCAGGCCUAGCUUCUGGGUCUGAGUCCAUUCUACCCAUUAUAUCUCUAUGUGGAGAACUCACUCACCCUUGUCACUCUGUCUUGUUUCUGUGUGUCCAGUUCAGGCCUACUGGACAGACUGGGCCGCCUGGGGAACUUGCUCUGCUACAGCCUGUAAUGACGUGGGCAUCCAGGUCCGCAAGAGGAAGUGUAUGAGCAUCCAGCCCCUGCCCCUGCUGCUGGUGCCCCCAUGCCAGGGGCACCACACGGAGAGGAGGGAGUGUGCCACCCCACCAUGUGAAGGUACCCUCCCAACACGACCUAUACAUAGACCUACAGCAGGGGUGUCAAACUCAUUCCAUGGAGGGCAGUGUCUGCUGAUUUUUGGUUUCUCCUUUCAAUUUGUGUCCAGUUAAGACCUAGACAACCAGGUGAGAGGAGUUCCUAACUAAUCAGUGACCUUAAUUCAUCAAUCAAGUACAAGGGAGGAAUGAACCUGCAGACACUCGGCCCUUCGUGGAAUGAGUUUGACACGUGACGUACAGUAUACCAUGCCAAUCUUUAACAUCAAGCCAAUCAUGAUAAUUAUCGUGGACAUUUUUACCUACUUCAUCCUCUGCCAAGAGACAUUCAGCUGAUCAGAGUCAUCACUGACAUGAAGACAAUCAGUGUAAUUUAUCUGCAGCCAACAGAUCUGAGAUGUAGCAGUAGGUACAUUAGCGAUUAGAUUGUUAAUAAGUACAGAGACUACCCCCACAGUAGAGCCUUUGGCAGCAGUAUAGUUUCCUACACAUAAAAGCCUCUUCUCUCUAGGUGUCACAUUUUUCCUAAAUUCUCCCGAACAUGUGCUUCUUCCAAUUAUCUGUCACUGUCGUCAACACACCUUUGAUGUUCAUAAAGCUCCAAUGGCUUUGAUCAGGAGGAGGCUGUCACUGUGCACUUUCCUCUCUAAGGGGAAUCAGUGGCAGCACUGUCUCUGCUAUAUCCCACAGAAAGGAGGAAACUACCUGACACGUAACACUUUCAUCAGUUGACCAGUAGCCUGGCAAAAGUCCUGUGAUAAUACUUUUACAAUGCAUCUUUCCUUGAAGCUACACUUACAGUUCAGUUACAGUUGUGUAUUAUCUGGAUCAUUUAUGUUUACUUUGUGUUAUUUGACUAGCCAAGUGGACUCAGUGGAGUCCAUGGGGAGCAUGCUCGGUGACCUGUGGCAAGGGUCGCAGGAUCAGGAGGAGGACCUGUGUGAGAACCUCUUUAACAGUGCAGUGUGUGGGACGAGCGGCUGAAAUCCAGAAAUGUGGGAAAAAUCCAUGCCCACGUAAGUUGUAAAUCUAAAGAGACAGAAAAAAUUGAAAUAAUCAUAAUAAUCAUGUGUAAAAGUAUACUGAAUGUAUUGUGUGUUUAUGUGUAUCUGCAGCCAAUUGUAAGCGUGAGUGUCCCAAGGGUCGGCCCAAUGUGGACUGCAGUCGCUGUGUGUGUGAGGGCCACGUGCUCCAGGGAGAGGUCCUCAGUAUGACCGGUGUUCCUGUAGCGGGGGCCAGGAUAGCGCUGGCCAGCCGGCCCAAGAUCAUCCACGCCCGCACUGAUGCCAAGGGCCUCUUCAGACUCCCAGGGGUCUGCUCCAGCUCCCCCACCCAGCUCUACAUUCGCAAGGAGAAGUUUGCCCCCAUUACCGCCUCCACCUCCAGCAACAGCACCGGGUCAUCCUGGUUAAGGGUGGUCCUAAAGUCCGCAGGCGAGUCACGCUUAAUAACAUUAACAAACAAAAGCCCAAUGAUAAAGUAUGUUCUCUAUGUACUUUAUACUGGGUUGAGCCAGUCAGUCUGUCUGUAUAACCAUCCAACCACUAGAGUCAAACUAGGGGAAGGACAUACAGUGGGGAGAACAAGUAUUUGAUACAUUGCCGAUUUUGCAGGUUUUCCUACUUACAUAGCAUGUAGAGGUCUGUAAUUUUUAUCGUAGGUACACUUCAACUGUGAGAGACGGAAUCUAAAAUAAAAAUCCAGAAAAUCACAUUGUAUGAUUUUUAAGUAAUUAAUUUUCAUUUUAUUGCAUGACAUAAGUAUUUGAUCACCUACCAACCAGUAAGAAUUCCGUCUCUCACAGACCUGUUAGUUUUUCUUUAAGAAGCCCUCCUGUUCUCCACUCAUUACCUGUAUUAACUGCACCUGUUUGAACUCGUUACCUGUAUAAAAGACACCUGUCCACACACUCAAACAAACAGACUCCAACCUCUACACAAUGGCCAAGACCAGAGAGCUGUGUAAGGACAUCAGGGAUACAAUUGUAGACCUGCACAAGGCUGGGAUGGGCUACAGGACAAUAGGCAAGCAGCUUGGUGAGAAGGCAACAACUGUUGGCGCAAUUAUUAGAAAAUGGAAGAACUUCAAGAUGACGGUCAAUCAACCUCGGUCUGGGGCUCCAUGCAAGAUCUCACCUCGUGUGGCAUCAAUGAUCAUGAGGAAGGUGAGGGAUCAGCCCAGAACUACACGGCAGGACCUGGUCAAUGACCUGAAGAGAGCUGGGGCCACAGUCUCAAAGAAAACCAUUAGUAACACACUACGCCGUCAUGGAUUAAAAUCCUGCAGCGCACGCAAGGUCCCCCUGCUCAAGCCAGCGCAUGUCCAGGCCCGUCUGAAGUUUGCCAAUGACCAUCUGGAUGAUCCAGAGGAGGAAUGGGAGAAGGUCAUGUGGUCUGAUGAGACAAAAAUAGAGCUUUUUGGUCUAAACUCCACUCGCCGUGUUUGGAGGAAGAAGAAGGAUGAGUACAACCCCAAGAACUCCAUCCCAACUGUGAAGCAUGGAGGUGGAAACAUCAUUCUUUGGGGAUGCUUUUCUGCAAAGGGGACAGGACGACUGCACCGUAUUGAGGGGAGGAUGGAUGGGGCCAUGUAUCGCGAGAUCUUGGCCAACAACCUCCUUCCCUCAGUAAGAGCAUUGAAGAUGGGUCGUGGCUGGGUCUUCCAGCAUGACAACGACCCGAAACACACAGCCAGGGCAACUAAGGAAUGGCUCCGUAAGAAGCAUCUCAAGGUCCUGGAGUGGCCUAGCCAGUCUCCAGACCUGAACCCAAUAGAAAAUCUUUGGAGGGAGCUGAAAGUCCGUAUUGCCAAGCGACAGCCCCGAAACCUGAAGGAUCUGGAGAAGGUCUGUAUGGAGGAGUGAGCCAAAAUCCCUGCUGCAGUGUGUGCAAACCUGGUCAAGACCUACAGGAAACGUAUGAUCUCUGUAAUUGCAAACAAAGGUUUCUGUACCAAGUUCUGCUUUUCUGAUGUAUCAAAUACUUAUGUCAUGCAAUAAAAUGCAAAUGAAAUACUUAAAGAUCAUACAAUGUGAUUUUCUGGAUUUUUUAUUUAGAUUCCAUCUCUCAUAGUUGAAGUGUACCUAUGAUAAAAAUGACAGACCUCUACAUGCUUUGUAAGUAGGAAAACCUGCAAAAUCGGCAGUGUAUCAAAUACUUGUUCUCCCCACUGUAUAAAUCAACAGGACAGUCUGAAGUAGUUGAGACCAUUACACGCAAAUAUACACUAUAUAUACAAAGGUAUGUGGCCAACUCUUGAAAUUAGUGGAUUUGGCUAUUUUAGCCACACCCAUUGCUGACAGGUGUAUAAAAUCGAGCAUACAGCCAUGCAAUCUCCAUAGACAAACAUUGGCAGUAGAAUGGACUUACUGAAGAGAUCAGUGACUUUCAACGUGGCAUCCUUUCCAACAAGUCAGUUCAUCAAAUUUCUGCCCUGCUAGCGCUGACCUGGCCAACUGUAAUUGCUGUUAUUGUGAAGUGGAAACGUCUAGAAGCAACAACGACUCAGCCGCAAAGUGGUAGGCCACAUAAGCUCACAGAACGAGAUCGCCGAGUACUGAAGUGCAUAGCGUGUAAAAAUCAUCUGUCCUCGGUUGCAACACUCCCUACCGAGUUCCAAACUGCCUCUGGAGGCAACGUCAGCACAAUAACUGUUUGUCAGGAGCUUCAUGAAAUGGGUUUUCAUGGCCGAGCAGCCGCACACAAGUCUAAGAUCACCAUGCGCAAUGCCAAGCGUCGGCUGGAGGGGUGUAAAGCUCGCCGCCAUUGGUCUCCGGAGCAGUGGAAAUACGUUCUCUGGAGUGAUGAAUCAAGGCCCUUUCCUGUUUCAGCAUGACAAUGCCCCUGUGCACAAAGUGAGGUCCAUACAGAAAUGGUUUGUCAAGAUCGGUGUGGAAGAACUUGACUGGCCUGCACAGAGCCCUGACCUCAACCCCAUUGAACACCUUUGGGAUGAAUUGGAACGCCGACUGCGAGCCAGGCCUCAUCGCCCAACAUCAGUGCCCGACCUCACUAAUGAUCUUGUGGCUGAAUGGAAGCAAGUUCCCGCAGCAAUGUUCCAACAUCUAGUGGAAAGCCUUUCCAGAAGAGUGGAGGCUGUUAUAGCAGCAAAGGGGGGACCAACUCCAUAUUAAUGCCCAUGAUUUUGGAAUGAGAUGUUCGACGAGCAGGUAUCCACAUACUUUUGGUCAAGUAGUGUAUAUACAGUGAGGUCCGUAAUUAUUGGAUCCAUUGAUAAAGAUGAGCAAAACACACUGUAUAAAAUAAAUAAUGCAAAUGUAUGCCAAACAAAAAACAAUGAUUACAAAGUUAAACAAACCAUACAACUCUAUGCACAAAGACGACUUCUAACAAUUUACAUAGAAAAUUUAACAAAAACACAUUUACUUGAAAAACAGUGCAGAUGCAAAGUUUGGUAACAUUAUGACUGUACCAACAGCACAAACCGUCAUUCUGUUACCAAAAUUUGCAUCUGCACUGUUGUUCAAGUAAAUGUGUUUUUGUAUAAAAUGUAUGUGGAAACUGUUAAAGGUAGUCCUUGUGCAUGAUAGGGGUCAAAAUUAUUGGAUCUGCUGUUUUCAGUACUCCAGCACCCCUCUCUUGCGAGGAUAACGACACUGAGCCUUUUUCAAAAAUGUUUUAUGAGAUUAGAGAACACAUUGGGAGGGAUCUUAAACCAUUCCUUCAUACAGAAUCAUUCCAGAUCCUUGAUAUUCUUCAUCUGCACUUAUGGGAAGGCCCUCUUCAAUUCAAACCACAAGUUUUCAAUGGGGUUCAAGUCCGGAAACUGAAAUUGCCAUUGCAAAAUUUAGAUUUUGAGGGUCAAUUAACAAUUUCUUUGUGGAUUUUGAGGUGUGCUUGUGGUUAUUGUCUUGUUGGAAGAUUAACUUGCGGCCACGUUUCAACCUCCCCUUGUUAAGGUCAAUGGCAUCAUGAACUUUACCAAGUACCAGGACAUUUGAGCCAAAAACCUGGUUGCCUCUGCCAGGAGGCUGACAGUUGGCCGCAAGUGGAUCUUCCAGCAAGACAAUAACCCCAAGCUCACAUCAACAUCCACAAAUAAAUGGUUAAUUGACCACAAAAUCAACAUUUUGCAAUGGCCAUCUCAGUCUCCGGACUUGGUGGUUUGAAUUGAAGAGGGCAGUCCAUAUGCGCAGACGAAGGAUAUCAAGGAUCUGGAAAGAUUCUGUAUGGAGAAAUGCUCUAAGAUCCCUCUCAAUAUGUUCUCCAAUCUCAUUAAACAUUUUAGAGAUAAGCAUUUUGUGACAACUGCUGAUGUAAAAAGGGCUUUAUAAAAUACAUUUGAUUGAUUUAAAUUUGAUUGAAAAGGCUCAGUUUUGUUAUCCUAGCAGUGGGAGAGUGCUGGACUAUUGAAAACGAAGAUUAUGAUUUUUUUGUAUUACUUUUUUUAAAAUCAAUGUUUUUGAGCAUACAAUUUAGCUCAGUAUUUGUAUUAUUUAUUUUAUACAGUAUUUAUUGCUCAUCUUUAUCAAGGGAUCCAAUAAUUCCAGACCCAACUGUAUGUGGAAACUAAAUAAACACAGGUGCAGUCAUAGGGCAGUAUUUUAACCAUAAUCACACACCAAUCAUUUUUCAUAAGUACGGAGACCAACAGUAGUUUAAACUGUAGGCCUGAUUAAGUUUUAUGGAAUCAUGAUGCCUCAGUGGUACCAUUCACAACAGUUCCGGAGCCAGGUUUUUAAGGAUUUGUUUCCUACUGCUUUGCAGAGAAGCCAUAUGUUGUAAAGCACCCGGAGGACAAAGUGCGUUACGAGGGACAGCGUGUGAUGUUGUGCUGCAAGGCAACAGGGUCGCCCAUGCCUGACAAAUACUACUGGUAAGAUAAUGCAUUUACUUUUAAGUGCCGGAAAAAUCCUCCAAGUUUUAUUUUAAUCAUGGCUAGAUGCCAUUAUAUUAAAGUUUAAAUAGCUUAUUAGAAUGUUCUGUAUAACUUUUUAAUGGCAUGUUCUCCUUUCCAGGUACCACAACGGGACCCUACUGGAUAGGAAUGUGUUUAAAUACGAAGAGGAUCUGGUGCUGAGAGGCCUGAAGCCAGAGCAGACAGGACAUUACUACUGUAAAGUCAGCAGCCAAACAGGCAGCAUCAAGUCUUCACAGGCAUUCCUCACUGUUAUCGGUAUGUAUAGACCUUAUCCAUCAAAUCCUAUACUAACUGUACCUAUACUGUCCUUGUAGAAAUGGACAGUAUGGGAAGGAUGCUGGAGUAAACUGAAUGAGAAAGAUAAAAAAAACUUAUACUGUAUCUGUUACAACUAAAGAAAUACACCCAAGGAAAAUAAGAUCAUAAAAUAUCAAGGGCCACAGAAACUGGCAGCACGUGAGCAGUAAGGUUUUAUUAUGUUUACAUUGGUCGAAAGCAGCCUUUUCUAAACAAAUAUUAUUUACAGAGAGAUCACCCUGGACACGGUAAAAACCCAAAUCCCAGUUCUUCAGAGCGCCACGUAUUGAAGUGAAAUCCAAGAUUGACAAUAAAUCCUGUUCCUUUUUUUGUCAAGUCAGACAAGUAUGCGUUUCCACAUCCGUGCGGGAUAGAUACACAUUGUGCGUAUUCCCCAGUUGCUUGUUAGCCACGAUAUAGAUUGACAAAUAGGGUUUGUGGGGGAGUGUGCUAAAGCAAUCAGCCUUGGGAAACAGCCUGAGAGAUUUGCCCCUGUGAAUAGAACAACAACACCUGGAACACCAAGGCUCUUAGUGGAUAAUGAUGAACCUGCUUCACACUACCAGCCCAGUGUGGUUCCCUUCACUAGGGAACAUUAGGCUACACUCCAGUUAAUUAAUAAAACAAUUACAUUCAUUAAUAUUAAAAGACAGGACUACAUAUGUAGGAUCUUCAUUUGAUCCCCCUGUUGCAGGAGAACUUUCCUGCAAUGCAGGAAAUGUCAAACUUGUAGUGUAUUUGAGGUUUAAAAAGGCUUCUGAAGUUUUUUAUUUCCACUUUGACAUUUCAGACUUGAUUUUCCGUUACGAAAAAUGUAUCAACCCUUACAAAAAUGUCCAUUAAUUAUAAUCCACAUAAUAAUUCAAAUUUCUUAUUGCUGCAGGAUAAUUUUCCUGCUGUGGCAAACUGGCUCAAUUUAAGAUCUUACAUCUGUACCAUUUUCUUAUCGUUUCUUUUAGUUGUUGUAAAUGUAAUUCGUUUUUGAAAGAACGCAAAGGGACCAGGGACGGAAAUUACACAUUGGGCUAAUCAGACUGUUCCAUCUGUCUGCAAUAAUCUUCUUAUUUGUAGGAUGAGGAGUUUAACAGGAACACUGGAGCGUAUACUCAGCCAUGAUUUCAUGCACAUUAAUCAUUUUGCCAACAUUUGGGUGAACAAUAAUCCUUUCUUUCCAAUUCCCAUCUGGAUGGUUGGUGAACAAAUGUUCUCCCGAAGUUCACAUCUAAUUACCCCAUUAUGAAUGCUUUGUAGUGCAACUUGGCUAAUCAUGGUUGUCGCUCAGCCAUGUGGACAGAGAGAACAUCUGUGUUUAAGUGAACACUUUACAUUGCGUGCUAUCUCCUUUACCAUGUAGUUACCUGCAUUAUACCUUGGUAACCUCCCGAGUGGCGCAGUGGUCUAAGGCUGUGCCACUAGAGAUCCUGGUUCGAAUCCAGGCUCUGUCGUAGCCGGCCGCGACCGGGAGACCCAUGGGGCGGCGCACAAUUGGCCCAGCGUCGUCCAGGGUAGGGGAGGGAAUGGCCGGCAGGGAUGUAGCUCAGUUGGUAGAGCAUGGUGUUUGCAACGCCAGGGUUGUGGGUUCGAUUCCCACGGGGGGCCAGUAUGAAAAAAAGAAUAAUGUAUGCACUAACUGUAAGUCGCUCUGGAUAAGAGCGUCUGCUAAAUGACUAAAAUGUAAAAAUGUAAAUGUAACCACAAUGCAAUUAACCAGCAUUACAUAACCACCAGAUACCUAUAAAAACAACACUACUCUUUUUCCACCGAUAAUAAAGGAAACUUCUAAAUGUAGUUCAUUGUUAUUGCAUACUAAUUACACACAAUUACACUAAUGCUCCCUAUAAAAAUGAAAUUCUAGAUAAUUACAUGUCAAUUUGGUUGAUUAAUGUGAAGUGUGACAGAGUGGGUAAUUUGCAUCUGUUUUUUGUAUGAAUUUAUAAGUGAAUGAGUAAAUGUACUUCUAUAUGUGCAUAUGCAUGUAUGUUUACAUCCAUAAAACAUAAGUGUACUCUCAUUGCUAACUCUAUGUGCUGUGUGUUCCACAGCUAAAGGCACACCGGCAUGCAACCCCACUCCUGAGAACCACCUCAUCAGACUGCCCAUGGACUGUGUUCAGCCUGGGACGGACUCUAAGUUAUACAACGCCGGCCGCUGCCCCCACAACAAGUGUGCAGGCUCCCUGGACUUCGACCUGCGCUGCAGGGAUGGAGGUGGCUACUGCUGUGGGGUCCAGAAGAUGGAGAGCCGGGUAAUAGACUGUGGGAGUUACAGCCUGCCCAUCAAGGCUGUAACUGAGUGUGGCUGCCAGAAGUGUGUAGUGCCCAAGGUGCUUGUACGUGGCAGGGUGGUCACAGCAGACAACAACGAACCACUGCGUUUCGGGCACAUGUACAUUGGCAAGGAGAGAGUGGGCACCACAGGGUACAAAGGAGGCUUCACACUCAAUAUAACCCCAGACACAGAGAGGCUGGUAGUCAACUUUGUGGAUCCCACACAGAAAUUCAUUGACACUCCUAAGGUGUUUAUCUUCGACAAGAGAGGGGGCUCUGUUUACCAUGACGUGAAGGUGAUGAGAAAGCAGGAACCCAUUGAUAUCAACGCUGGAGAGACAAAUACCAUUUACUUAGGAGAAAUCAAAGGGGAGGACCCCAUUGGACAGAUCAUUAUACCUCCAAAUUCUUUCCACAAGAAUAAUGGGGAGGUGUACGAAGGUACAGUGAAAGCCAGUGUCACCUUCAUUGACCCCAGGAACAUCACCACAGCUGCUGCAGCGCCUGGUGACCUCAACUUUGUGGACGAUGAGGGUGACAUGCUUCCCCUGAGGACAUAUGGGAUGUUUUCCGUUGACUUCAGAGAUGAGGCGAACCAGGAAGUCCUGGGGGCUGGAGCGGUCCAAGUACUCUUAGACACGCAGCACGUCAAAAUGCAAGAGCACAUUCCCAAAAUGAAACUGUGGUCCCUCAACCCAGACACAGGCGUCUGGGAGGAGGAGAGUGACUUUCACUACACUCAGGCCACAUCUGGUGGUAAUGGGAGGAGCAAGCGAGAGGAGCGCACUUUCCUCAUAGGUAACAUGGAAAUCAGGGAGCGUCGACUUUUCAACCUGGACGUGCCUGAGAACCGCCGCUGCUACGUCAAAGUGCGGGCAUACAUGAAUGACAAGUUCCUGAACACUGAGCAGCUGGAAGGUGUGGUCAUCAGCCUGAUAAACUUGGAGCCCAAGCCUGGCUUCUCCUCUAACCCCAGAGCAUGGGGUCGCUUUGACAGUGUGAUAACUGGACCCAAUGGAGCCUGUCUGCCAGCCUUCUGUGACGCCAAGGUGCCUGAUGCUUACACUGCUUAUGUCACAGGCAUUAUGGGUGGUGAAGAGCUGGAGGCAGCUCCCUCAACCCCCAAGAUGAACCCAAACAUCAUUGGAGUGUCUCAGCCAUACUUAGACAAGAUAGGCUACCAGCGUUCAGACCACGAUGAUCCAGCUCUCAAAAAAACAGCCUUCAGAAUCAACUUGGCAAAACCCAACCCCAACAAUGUGGAAGAGACCAAUGGGCCAAUAUACCCCUAUCAGAGUUUAAUAGCCUGUGAAAAUGCCGGAGUCGAUGCCAACCACUUCCGAUUCUUCAGAGUGGAAAAGGAUAAAUACGAAUACAAUGUUGUGCCCUUCCAAGAGAACGACUUAACAUCGUGGACAGGUGACUACCUCUCCUGGUGGCCCAACCCUCAGGAGUUCAGGGCUUGCUACAUCAAGGUCAAGAUCCAGGGGCAAAAGGAGGUCAUGAUAAGGUCACAGAACCAUGGAGGCACCCACCCUGAGACCGCAGGUCAGCUGUACGGUAUCAGAGACAUCCGCAGCACCCGUGACAUGCAUGUGGCCAACACUUCCGCAGCUUGCAUCGAGUUCAAGUGCAGUGGCAUGCUCUUCGACCAAGCCGCAGUCGACAGGUCCCUCAUAUCAGUCCUCCCACAGGGCAACUGUCGGAGAGUGGGCAUCAACAGCCUGCUAAAGGAGUACCUGACCAAGCACCCCCCUACCUCACUGAACAACGAGUCCCAUGCCUUCAACAUGCUGGGCCCUGUUGACCCCUUGGGGCACAACUAUGGCAUCUACACGGUCACAGACCAGAACCCUAGGGUGGCAAAAGAGAUCGCCAUUGGACGCUGCUUUGACGGUACCUCUGACGGCUUCUCCAGAGAAAUGAAGUCAGACACUGGGGUUGCUCUGACCUUCAGCUGCCCAGAAAGGACUGUGACCAGGGAGAGUCUCUUCCAACGCCUCCAGACGAACCCCAGCCAGACCCUGUCUCAGAUGGCCCGGGACAUGCGGGAGACACAGGGGCUACAGGUCCGAGGAAGGUCCUCCCGGGUGGUGACCUACCCCUCUGGGUCCACCAGCCGCAGAUCCAGCUCCUCUACCAGGAGGAGAUCCAUGAUGCGGGCACAACAGGACAGGCAG